GUUGAAGCGCAUUAGCAAACGACAGUGUUGAACGUAUUUGCAAUGUUCUGUGCCAAAGCUUUGUUUAGAACAAGCAAAUGGAAUUGGAAAUGGAACCCACUAAACAAUGUUACGGUCUCUUUUUCUUUUUCUUCUUCUUCUUCUUCUUCUUCUCACGCGAGGGUCAUUGCUCCUAUGGAUAUGGCUGCAAGAGAUGGCGAACUUAGGGUUUUCAUUGUUGCCGGCGAGGUUUCCGGUGAUUCUAUCGCUUCUCGUCUCAUGUCUUCUCUUAAACUUCUAUCUCCUUUCCCUCUUCGCUUUGCCGGCAUCGGAGGGACUAAGAUGAAAAGUGAAGGAUUGCAAUCUUUGUUUCCUAUUGAGGAUAUCUCAGUAAUGGGAAUUUGGGAACUAUUGCCUCAUUUCUAUACAAUUAAAGCGAGACUGAAUGAAACUGUAAAAGCAGCUUCUCUAUUUGAGCCUCAUGUCGUAUUAACAGUUGAUUCUAAGGGUUUUUCUUUUCGGUUCUUGAAACAGCUAAGAGCUAGAUGCAGGCAGCAAAAGUUGCAUUUACCGGCACAUUUUCACUAUGUAGCGCCGUCGUUCUGGGCAUGGAAAGGAGGUGAAGCAAGGCUCAGAGGGUUGGCAGACUUUGUGGAUCAUCUGUUUUGCAUACUUCCUAAUGAGGAAGAAGUUUGUAGGUUGAAUGGAUUAUCUGCAACCUUUGUAGGGCAUCCUGUCUUGGAGGACGUUAUGGAGUUGAAUUUGAGAAACAGUUUCUCAAUCAAUGAAUGGAAGGCCGAAGGAAAUGGUGAAGACUUCCGGAGGAAACAUGAAGUGCCUCCAGGAGCCACUGUUAUUAGUUUGCUACCUGGAAGCAGAAUACAAGAAGUCAGUCGGAUGCUUCCCAUCUUUGCUAACACAAUGGAACUACUGAAAGAAAGUGUUCCACAGUUGAUGACAGUCAUUCAUAUUGCACCUAAUGAACAUGUGGAAAACUUCAUUGCUGGUGCUGUUCACAGAUGGCCUGUGCCUGUUGUAUUGAUUCCAGGCAGAACAACACAGCUGAGAUAUGAUGCUUUUAGUGCUAGUAGAGUUGCGUUGUGCACAUCCGGGACAGUAGCCGUGGAGCUGCAGCUUGCGCGCUUACCUUGUGUCGUGGCAUAUCGUGCCCAUAUUUUGACUGAAUGGUUUAUUAGGUACAAAGCUAAGAUACAAUACAUAUCACUUCCCAAUAUUCUUUUGGAUUCAGCCAUUAUUCCCGAAGUACUCUUUUCAUCUUGCAAACCAGAAAACCUAGCCUUAUUGCUCAAAGAUUUAGUACAUGAUCAUGUUGGUCGUGAAGAACAGAUAACUGCAGCGCAAAAGUUUGUCAAGCUUUUAAUGCCUUCAAAAAGCACAAAGCACAACCUGGCAAUGCAAAAUUUGAUGAGAACAUUUCCUGAUUACAGUCCAAGUGCUGUUGCAGCGUUGACUAUAUUAAACUAUGGGAAGUCUGUUAUUCAUGACUAGUAUAGAAGGACUUCUUUUUAUCGGUGUAGUCUCUGUGGCAUCAAAAUUUUUAUUACAAAGGUUUAGGGUUUAGAUUUAGGAUGAGAAAUUUUGAAAUGCUUUGUGUUUGAUUCGACAAUGAGAGGAGAGAUAUUUUAAUGUAAGAAAAAUCUAUAAUUAAUUACAUUUUUUUACACUUAUAAUA